CGGAUGUAAAUCUUCGUUUCUUAAUCGUCAACUAAUAACAAUGGCUUAUAAAUCCGGAUCCUCCAUUACUCUUUCAAUGUCAUUAGUCUCCCUCUUUACCCUUUUUGUACUUUCCAUUGAGAGCACUAAUGGCUUCACAGUUGACCUCAUCCACCCGGACUCUCCACUGAACCCUUUCCGCGACCCUUCAAAGACCCGGUUCGAAUCUAUCAUUGAGGCAUCCAACCACUCUCAUUCACGCGCCGCCGCCGGCGCGUCCAAAUUCAAGACUCCGACGAAGGCUUCUCAGGGUGGCUAUGUAAUGAAGUACUCAAUCGGGACCCCACCCUUUGAAACGUAUGGUUUUAUCGACACUGGGAGUGACUUGACCUGGACGCAAUGUAAAUCAUGUGAGGUUUGCUUUGACCAAAGUCUCCCCAUGUUUGACCCGACAAAAAGUCAAACCUACGUGGCGCCGCCGUGCAACUCCGCCGCGUGUAAGCUCACAGCCGGCGACUCCCAAACGUGCACCGACCGCAACACUUGUGAGUACAAGGUGUCGUACAAUGACUACUCCGCCUCGACCGGCGACGUCGCGACGGACGUCGUCUCCUUCGGCGACGGCGCCACCUUCAAGGAUGUCGUGUUUGGGUGUGGCCACGAAAAUAGCGGAGACUUUAGCAAAGACACUUCGGGCAUUGUGGGCCUAGGCCUCGGCCCGUCCUCCAUAGUCCAACAGCUGGCCCAAUCGAUUGGCGGAAAGUUCGCUUAUUGCUUCUCGUCCGACCCAAAUGGAUGGAGCCACAUCAGCUUCGGGCCGGAAGCAGCCGUUAAGGAGGUUUACACUGUAGUCACGCCCUUCUCAAGAGAAGGUGACGACUUUUAUUGGGUCACGUUAAACAGCGUUAGUGUUUAUGGAGAAGAUGCCAAGAAGGUUGUCAAGUUUUCCGGCGGUUCUACACAAAGAAAAGGAAAUAUUAUCAUUGAUUCCGGAACAACUCUCACAUAUCUCCCCGGUGAUAUGUACAAAACUUUGGAGUCGGAGGUGAAAGAUGCAAUACCAUUGACCCCAGUGGAUCCUAUGUCCCCAUUCAAGUUGUGCUACAAUUCUGCUAGCACUUUUAAGGUGCCAAACAUCGUCGCAAAUUUUGCAGGGGGCGACGUCUUCAUUAAGGAUGGAGCCUUUGUUAAAGUAACUGAAGGCGUUGUUUGUUUGACUCUUGUUCCAGCUGAAGAUGAUAACUAUACAUAUGGAAAUAUGGGACAAUUGAACUAUAUUGUCGGGUAUGAUUUGGGGGCCAACACUGUUUCAUUCACGCCCUCUGAUUGUUCCAAGAAUUGAUUUCACUUCAAACACAUCUAUCUAAAACCAAUUAGGUAAAACACCUUGAAUCACAAAGUAGUUCAUUAAAUUUAUGACAUAAAUAGUCUAUGGGUGAUGCCCUGCCCUUAAUAAUUAUACUCAUCUAUAUGUUCUUUUUGUGUUAAAGAGUGUAAAUUUUUUUGUCCGCCAAUACAUGUUCUAUGACACAAUAACAAUUUU